CUCCUCUCUCUCUCUCUCUCUCUCUCACGCGCGCGCGCGCGCACGUCCGUGUACAAAAACCAGCUGGAGGGGGUCAUUAAUCACCACCAUCAUCUCGUUUCCUCCUUCCCUUUCUCUCUCUGGAUUUCUGAGAAAGUGGGAAUCUUAUUACAUACCACACCCAUCUCCUUUUUCCCUCUGAGGUCUGAACCCAUCAAAUUCUGGAUUUUAGGGUUUUUUUUUUUUUGGUUCAAUAGAAUCUAUCCGUCCAUGGGCUCUGGAUUUUAGGGUUUUUUUUUUUUUGGUUCAAUAGAAUCUAUCCGUCCAUGGGCUCUGGAUUUUAGGGGCUUUUUUCGUUCAAUCGAAUCGAUCCGUUCAUGGGUUCUGGUUUUUCCUUCCUUCUGACAAACCCCAAUAUAUGUACGCCUCUGUCGCCGGAGCCGAGUCUAGGCGAUUUGCCGGAGGCUUGUGUGGCCUCCGUCCUGGUGUAUUUGGAACCACAGGAGAUUUGUAGACUUGCAGUGCUUAAUCGAGCGUUUCGGGGCGCUUCUUCAGCAGAUUUUGUGUGGAAACCCAAGUUGCCUUCAAAUUAUGGUUCUGUUAUUGAGAGAGUGUUUGAUGAAUUUCCAUCGGAAUUGUGCAAGAAAGAUAUUUACGCGAGGCUCUGUCAGCCCAAUUUAUUUGAUGGAGGCACAAAGAAAGUUUGGCUGGAUAAAAAUACUGGAAAGGUUUGUUUGUCAAUUUCUUCAAAAGGGUUGGGGAUAACGGGCAUCGACGAUCGGAGAUACUGGAAUCGGUUGGAAACCGCAGAAUCUAGAUUCUGCACAGUUGCUUACCUCCGGCAAAUCUGGUGGCUUGAAGUUGACGGAGAGGUGGAGUUCCCAUUCCCAGCAGGGACCUAUAGCCUAUUAUUCAGGCUGCAAUUAGGACGUGCCUCUAAGAGGUUUGGUCGCCGUGUCUGUAACUCCGAGCAUGUUCAUGGUUGGGAUAUAAAACCCGUUCGAUUCCAUCUCUCAACUUCAGAUGGCCAGCAUGCCAGUUCUCAGUGUUUCUUGGAUGAACCUGGACAAUGGAUUAACUAUCAUGUGGGGGAUUUUGUUGUUGAGGAUUCCAUAACAUCAACAAAAGUAAAAUUUUCUAUGACCCAAAUAGAUUGUACCCACACCAAAGGUGGUCUUUGUGUAGAUUCUGUAUUAAUUUGCCCCCGUGAGUUUUAGAGAGAGGUUAAAGUGUUUUUGAUUUGCUGUUAACCUUUCUACACGGGGAAUUUUAUGUUGUGAAGAGGUAGGACAUUUCCAGAACAUAUGAAUCAUUAUUUAUUAGUUAGUUUUAGGGGAAGCCUCAUUUCUCUGCAGACAAGGCAAUGUGUUUGUAUUUGUAUCAUAAUUGCUUGAUUAGGGUUCUGUAAUUGCAGUGAUUUUCCUCUGGACAAGACGAUUCCAGGCUGCUUUUAAUUUUA